AUGGGUUCACGACUGUUCUCCUCCAAUGGCGGUCAAAUCCAAUCGCCUCCUCCAUUUGCGCAACGAAGAAGAAGAAGAAGACCACAAAAGCCAUUUAGAUCUUUAUGGCGUCUUCUCUUACUUUCAAAUCCAUUCUCGGAUCCACCAAACCCGGUUCUUCUUCUCUUCCUUCGGAGCUCCGUCGUCUAUCUUCUCCCGCCGUUCAGAUCUAUAUCCGUACCCAAACUAGGAAAAACUUUCAAAAGGAGAAAUGGAAAUUAUGACUCACUAAGACUUAGACACGAAAAGCAUCUGAGAAACAAGAGUACAACUUUUGAUUAUUCAAUGAUAUGUGAAGUGUUGACUGUUGAGAACCAGAGACUACAAAUUCAUGAACAUUUGGAGGGUGGAGGCAGAUCUUCUGCUAGAGACACCAUUGGAAGAGUUGCUCCUGAGCUUUGGCAAGAAAAUUUUGAAGCUAUUUGCAGGAACUGAGGUUUGUUUACUUUCAGUUUGCAAAUGACAUUGCUCUCAAAGAAUCAAUUUACAUCUAACUCUUUGUAUACUUUCUGACGUUUGGUUUGUUCUUUUAUCUCUGUCUUUUCUAUCUUAGUAUAUCCUUGCAGUAUGUCCCUUAGUUAAAAACUGAUGUUGCCACUUCUUAUUAUGAGACGACAUGUUCAAGUAAGGAGAUAUAGAAAGUCCAUGAACGUUUUUGAUUGUAUUGGUUUCGUUUGUUUUGUUUUAUUGUAAAACAGGUUAAGUGAGAGGAUGGUUUCAGAGACUUGUUUUCGUCAUGUGAUAAGAAUAUUGUGAGGCUUAGGUACGAGAUAACACAUUCUACGGGUAUAAAGAAGCUAGUUUAAGAAGAUGAUGAUUUUGAAGGCUUUAAGAAGUUUUUUAUUUUCGCCUUGUGAUGUUAGUUUUAGUUUGUUUAAGACUAGGCAGCAUUUUAGUAAUAAGUAUAAGACUUAAUAUGAUGUUAUGUAUGACUUGUUGGUUAAUGAAAUAUUUACCUG